UUAUCGCCGAAAAGAGCGCCGGGGUUGGGCGUGUGUGGCGUGUGCUACCGUCGCCGCUCCCUGGAAAAAGAAAGGUUCUCUCGUGCGCGCGCCGGCUUGCCUCCAGCACGCCUGCAGGAUUGGUGCGACCACCUUCUUUGUGUGUUGUGUGCAACGUUGUCGUGUGUGCGAUCCGUUGCGUUGUGCGCAAAGGCAAAGCUCACGCAGGUGCGAGUGAGAAUUGCACUCUCGUGCGGUGAUGCCGUCGAGUGCGCGUCGGUGGCCUGAGUGGCGGGCCGCGGCUCCAGCCGCCAUGCGUAAUGCUCUUACGGUGCUCGGCUAGGACACCUCGCCGGCCGAUGAACGCGUGCAUCGGGAUUCGCACGUGAGUGUUUACACCACCAAUGGGGAUCAGCCGUGGCUCGGAGCGCUGGACGGCCGACGUGCGACCCAGACUACCAGCACCACCGCUGCGCGACCGUCGAUCGUGGUGCAGCCGCUUUUCGUCGCCCGUGCUUCUGUUCUUGGUGAUUUCUGCGCUGCCUCUGCUCGCCGGAUCGGACGCGAACGGCACCGAAGCAAUAGCAAAUGAUGUCCGAAACUGGGCGUGGCGUUUUGGUACAGAGAUCUCCAACCAGAGUCUAUUCGCGUCGAAUUUCACUGAGAUUAAAGAGAACUUCGAGGAGUUCAAGGCCAAGCCUCACCACAAAGACAUCGCGCAGCUGACAGAAAAGAUUCUUAGGGACUUGGGCAACCUAGUCAGCUCCAAGACAGAAUCACUUAAGGUUUUGAUACAAGAAGCCGAGAAAAAUGCCAAAGACCACAAGUACAGCACAGACAUUGAUUUUCGCUACUUCAACGCCAAGAAGCUGUACCGUCCCAACACGGUGCCCAAGCUGUCGGAUGACGAGGACCCGGAUGACUGGAUGCCCAUGGAGAUGCACCAGGACCGGCGCUUCGAUGACGCUGACGUCAACUUCACCUACAGCGCCAUUCACGUAGCCACCAACAUAUACUCGAAAUCGGCGCCGGUGCUCAACGCCGUCAAAUGGUCGGAGGGGAUGAACUCCCGCUUUAAGAACAACCGUGUCGUCGACCCGUUCAUAUCCUGGCAGUUCUUCUGCAGCAGCACUGGAUUCAUCAGGCUGUUCCCUGCCCGGAAGUGGCCUGACGACGAGCCCGACAUGUACGAGUGCCGCACGAGACCAUGGUACGUGCAGGCAGCUGCAUCGGCGAAGGACGUGGUCAUUCUGCUUGACGGCAGCGGGUCCAUGAUGGGGCUGCGCAAGGAGAUCGCGCGAAACGUCAUCGUCAAUAUCCUCGACACGCUCACCGAAAACGACUACGUCAGCAUUCUCAGGUUCUCCAACGUGAUCGAACCCGUUGUGACUUGCUUCCAUUACAACUUGGUCCAGGCCAACGCCAGGAACAUCAGGGAAUUCAAGGAAAAUCUCAGCAAACUAGAAACGCAAAACAUCGCAAACUUCACCGCAGCCCUCAAGCAGGCAUUCGAGAUGCUGCAACACUACAACAAGUCUCGGCUUGGCAGUCAGUGCAACCAAGCCAUCAUGCUCGUCACGGAUGGCGCCCCCUACACCUACGAGGAGAUCUUCAGGCACUACAACUGGCCAAACAUCCCGGUGCGCGUGUUCACCUAUCUCAUCGGUCGAGAGGUGACCGACACCAGGGAAGUCAAUUGGAUGGCCUGCGCCAACAGAGGUUACUAUACUCACGUGACGACGCUAGCGGAAGUUCGAGAGCAAGUACUGAAAUACGUGCCCGUCAUGAGUCGCCCCAUAGUAUUGUCCCGAAGACAUCCCAUCGUGUGGACUCCAGUCUACGGCGACAUGACGGAGCCCAAGCUGACCGACUGGCUCUGGGAGGAGCGCGAGAAGGCGCAGGUUCGCAAACUGAUCCUGCAGCAGCGCCUGUUCCGCAAGAAGGACCCCGAGCCCUCGUACUACAGCGACGGGGAGACCCUGGUCGCGAGCGACGACUCCUCGGCCGAAUACUUGGCCGCCGACCAGGCAGACGCGCCGGCGCUGAGGCGCCGCGCCCGCUCCUCCACACAGGCCGAGGCGCUGCGGAGGCCGCCAAAGAAAAAAUAUCCGCCACUCUACACUACAGUGGCGGCCCCUGUGUACAACACCAGCAACGACACUGCUGGAACUGCCAACCUGCUCGGUGUCGUCGGUAUCGACGUGCCGCUGCGGGAAUUCCAGAAGGUCGCCCAUCCUUUCAAGCUGGGCGUCAACGCCUACUCGUUUAUGAUCAACAAGAACGGCCACAUCCUGUUUCAUCCGGACCAUCGCCCCAUGUACAAAGACAUGCUAAAGCCUUACUAUAGCAAUGUAGAUCUUCUCGAGGUGGAGCUACUGGACAACGAGACCGCCGACCGCCUCUUCAACCAUGUGUUUGCCGAGAUCCGUAAGAACAUGAUCGACGGCAGACGAGGGUGGAUGGAGUUUCUGCCCAUGCGAGUGCACCUCGACGACAUGAAACGUGUUGUGACGAGACGCCACAACUACCAGUAUGGCGCCGUACCGAACAGUUCCUUCUCGUUCGGAAUAGCUGUGCCACAGCCGUACGGCUCCACCGAAAUCCUGGGUGAGGUGCAGGUUCAAUCAAGGGAGGAGGACUGGAGGAAGUACUUCGAAGGCGAAAACUGGAGGGUUCAUCCCGACUGGGAGUACUGUGUCGACAUCCACAGUACGUACGACACGCCCGAGACGAUAAUCAAAGAUUUCCUCGAGCGGGUCAUGAAAGAACCCUCCGAAACGUCCGAACGCUACAAGUGGAAGCCGGACUCUAAGCGGCAGUUCUACAACACCAUGGUCUGUGACAAGGAGCUCGUGCAGAGCCUGGUGUUCGACGCCAAGGUGACCAGUCCGGAGAAGAUCAUGGCCCGCCAACCUUCCAAACAGCUCUACUCCCAUGUUUCAAAAGACACGACGUUCAAAAGCAACGGCAUCGUGAUGACUUUUGUGGCUACGAGGAGCGGUUUGCUGCGGUUCACGGACCACCGUAGCGAAGAGGAGAAGGGCAGCAACUCCGAAAGACCAUUCUACGAGCUUCACACCCGAGCUAUCGACGAGCUGUUCUAUCGACGUGCCGUCGACUUUCAUCAGAUCAGCAACACCUCCUUCAUCUACUCCGUUCCGUUCGACGCCGGCGCCCGGUACGCGGCCAACGACAACAGCGCCGUCUACGUGACCGGCAGCCGCGCGGUGUUCCUGGGCACCGAGAAGAAAGCACCGGCGGCCGUCGUCGGGCUACAGAUCAAGCACUCGGUCUUCGAGGAGAAGUUCCUCAACAUUUCCUCCAAGUGCGAGAACCAGAAGCCCUGCUUGUACACCUGUGGAAAUGAGGCUUUGGACUGUUUCCUGUUAGACAACAACGGUUUCAUCAUUGUGUCGAGCAACCGCACUCAAGUCGGAAAGUUUUUCGGUGAAAUAGACGACACGCUGUUCCUGUCAAUGGUCAAGUACAACGUUUACAAAAGGGUGCGAAUUUACGACUACCAAGCUAUCUGCAAAGACAAGCUGACACCAUCCGGACCCGCGAAUUUUCGCACCAGCCCGUUCUAUGCACUGUGGAACAUACUGGCCUGGGCCUGGAAAAAACUUGUCGUGCUGGCGAUGCACUUCGAGGUUUACAACGUGUUCAGCCUGGAGUGGAUCGCCACAUCAAGUGACUACGACUACGGCGACUACGCGGCCGACGACGCGCUGCCCAUCCCUAGCAAGACGCGGGCGCGUCCCUGCGACAUGGAGAUCGAGCUGUUCGAGAUGCAGCCCAUGGAGCCGGAGCCCAUCAAGGGCAAGCUGUCCAAGUGCAGCGACCGCAGCUGCGACAAGCAGUUCAUCGUGCAGCCGGUGCCGUCCAGCAACCUGGUCAUGCUGGCCGUGUUCACCGACUGCAACUGCACCAGCACGCCCGCACCACUGGCGCAGCGGGAGGUGGUCCAGGACGAGGCCAUCUUCUGCAACCAGAGCAGCCUGCCCAGACAGAGGCCCGACAUCUGCAUCAACUACCAUGCCGAGGAGGCCGAACUGAAAAGGCAAUGUGGUCGCGCCAGCGCAUCGCAGACCGCCUCACUUGCUCUUCUGCUCGCCGCCACGCUUCUCGCGAAAUCCUCGUCCUGCUUUUGGGUUUGAAACGCACCGCACGCCACCGCCGCCAAUGCCGUCACCACUGCCGAUUGCAGCCAGCUGAAGAAGAAAACAAGAAAAACAGGCACAAGCACGCUGUUGCUUUCUACGUUUAGGCACCAGCUUCUGCAAGUCGCAGCAGACGACGCGUCUGACCUCGAUGCCACUGCGACUGCCCGUUUGUGUGUGGUGCGCGCGCCAAAUCUCGUGUCACUUGGAUGAACACCUUUGGAUGCGCUUUCGCCUCCGACACGGUGCGUUUUGGCAGACUACACGCGAUAACGGACGUGUCGUACGGCGCAUGAGCUUUUGAGCCACGUGCCUCUUUUGAAUACCAGCGAGUUGCCACGGAAGCGCCGCACAUUUUGCGCAUGCGCACUGAGACGCACAACGUCCAUCUGGUGAAAUCCCUCGCUUCCUUCUACGUCCCAAAUUCGCCCACCGGUCUGCAAAGGAUCCCCAAAGGGGGAAAAAAGGGAUGACAAAACUCGGCGCACAAGUUCGUUCUGCUUUCUUUGCCAUUGCCAUGUUGCAAGUUUUAAAGGUUUGCUACUCCUCCUCCCCAACUGGUAUCGACUCUACGACCACUGCGAGAUAAAGCCUUCCAAAAAAAAAAA